AUUCUAUCGUGUUAGGUCAAGGUUUUUUGUACGUAAAACGUCUCUAACAUUUGACUUUUUCAACAUGUCGUUCAGCUGGUUCUGUCGUCCUGGACCUUCCUGCUCUGCCUGUGAUGGAGGGAGACAAAGUGACUUUGCACUGCAGAAACAAGACAAACUCCACCAACCUACCAGCUGCUUUCUACACACCUGCUUCCUACAAACCCAGCUCAUCCGGGAAAAUGGUCAUCAAAGAUGUUUCCAAGUCUCAUGAAGGACUCUACAGCUGCAGCAUCCCUGGUGUCGGAGAGUCACCGCGAGGCUGGCUGACUGUCAGAGUUUUAGAAAAACAAAAGAAGCGUCUUGUCCACCAUCGCCCCCCUCAUGUCCUCGUCCUGCUGUGGAUCGCCGUCACAGUGUUUCUGGCGGCUGUGAUGCUGCUGCUGCUGCUGGGAUUCACUCAUAUCAAGAGACAAAGAGGUACGGAUUCUAUCAUUGUAGGUAAAUAACUUACAUUGA